AUGUCGGUUCUCUUCUCCCAGCUUCCCAGGAGGGGCGGUGGGGGCGUGAACUGGGAAGGGGGACGUGUCCUACUUCCUCCCCGCCCCCUAUCUUCGUGGCUGGCUAAAGCGUUAGAAACCGCCUCGCAACGCUCUGGUCUCGGAACGCCCCCAGGGGCGGGGCCGGGAGUGCGCACGCGCAGUGCAGCCGCGCCGCGCCUGCGCCCGGGAGGGGCUGAGGGAGGCGGGGGAUUGGUGAGGGCCCGGGGGGCGGCGGACGGGGCUGGGCCGGCCGCGGCGGGACUGCGGUCCGCGGGAGGGCUCGGCGUCCCAGUUGGGCGCCCGCUAUUCGACGGCCCCGGCCGGAGCACGCCGCAGAGCCCGGCGCCUGCACGCCGGCGCCCAGGCUGCUGCUUGGUCGUGGUCUCCUGCACUCCGGACGCCUUCCUUUUUCACCCCAACUCUCCGCCCUCGACCGGGCCUCUCGACGGCAGUCGCUUCCCCGCCCUUCAGUCGGGCUCCGCGAUCUUGCUGCUAGAAAAAGUCAGCAGCAGCACUGCGGUAUUGAGUCCGCCUCUGGUGCUGCUUUUGCAAAGGCAGCUGGCGGAGAGACUCACCGGGUCUGCAAACACCUUUAACAAUCCUGUUUUCAUGAUCUCUGAACAAUCUCGGAAAGUAGGAAUGCCCCAAGCUAUCCGUACAGAUUCGCCUCUUAGUGCUACUCCACCCAUCCUAUGCUGGUGUUUUCUUCUUCCUAUUGGCACCGCAGAGGACAGUUCUUUGCUGUGUGGGAUUGACCUCUGCAUCGCAAUUCCCAUGCCUAGUACCAGUGACCUCCAUGAGCAGCUGGGAGCGGGGAGAAGGGAGGCGGCAGUACAGUACUCGCGGUUGCGAAUGAGCUUCUUGGACACCUUCAUGUUUGGCUCAGAAUACAGGAAAACGAGGUGGAAUUUAAUUGUGGUGUUGAUUGCUGGCUUUGGUUUGGCUUCGUUCUGUCGCCAGAGAUUUCCUUUUUCCUCAAUGCAAAGUGCUGCUGUCAAUCCAGAGAAAAGAAAAGAAUGCUCAGCGUGUAAUGCUAAAAAGAGAGAUCACAUUGCGUUUAAGACAGGUGAGGGUACUGAGUGGAGGAAGUUUGUCUUAGCUGCUGCAAUGUAUGGGCAGCAUCCGACAGAUCCCUGCAUGUCACUGAGUCCACCAUGCUUUACAGAAGAAGAUAGAUUUAGCCUGGAAGCUCUUCAAACAAUACAUAAACAAAUGGAUGAUGACAAAGACGGUGGAAUUGAAGUAGAUGAAAGUGAUGAAUUUAUUAGAGAAGAUAUGAAGUACAAAGAUGCUACGAAUAAACACAGCCAUCUGCACAGAGAGGAUAAGCACAUCACUGUCGAGGACCUGUGGAAACAGUGGAAGACGUCGGAAGUUCAUAAUUGGACCCUUGAGGACACCCUUCAGUGGCUGAUAGAAUUUGUUGAACUUCCUCAAUAUGAGAAGAAUUUUAGAGACAAUAAUGUCAAAGGAACAACACUUCCCAGGAUAGCAGUGCAUGAACCUUCAUUUAUGACCUUCCAGUUGAAAAUCAGCGACCGGAGUCACAGACAAAAACUUCAGCUCAAGGCACUGGAUGUGGUUUUGUUUGGACCUGUAACGCGCCCACCUCAUAACUGGAUGAAAGAUUUUAUCCUCACAGUUUCUAUAGUAAUUGGUGUUGGAGGGUGCUGGUUUGCUUAUACGCAGAAUAAGUCAUCAAAAGAACAUGUUGCAAAAAUGAUGAAAGACUUAGAAAGUCUCCAGACUGCAGAGCAAAGUCUAACGGACUUACAAGAGAGGCUUGAAAAGGCACAGGAAGAAAACAGAAAUGUUGCCGUAGAAAAGCAAAAUCUAGAGCGCAAAAUGAUGGAUGAGAUCAACUUCGCAAAGGAGGAGGCUUGUCGGCUGAGAGAGCUGAGGGAGGGGGCUGAAUGUGAACUGAGUCGCCGUCAGUAUGCAGAGCAGGAGUUGGAACAGGUUCGCAUGGCUCUGAAAAAAGCUGAAAAAGAAUUUGAACUAAGAAGCAGCUGGUCCGUUCCAGAUGCACUUCAAAAAUGGCUUCAAUUAACGCACGAAGUUGAAGUACAAUAUUACAAUAUUAAAAGACAAAAUGCUGAAAUGCAGUUAGCCAUUGCUAAGGAUGAGGCAGAAAAAAUUAAAAAGAAGAGAAGUACAGUCUUUGGGACUCUGCAUGUUGCACACAGCUCCUCCCUGGAUGAGGUAGACCACAAAAUUCUGGAAGCAAAGAAAGCUCUCUCUGAGCUGACGACUUGUUUACGAGAACGACUUUUUCGUUGGCAGCAGAUUGAGAAGAUCUGUGGCUUUCAGAUAGCCCAUAACUCAGGCCUCCCCAGCCUGACCUCCUCUCUGUACUCUGAUCACAGCUGGGUGGUGAUGCCCAGAGUCUCUAUUCCACCCUACCCAAUUGCUGGAGGAGUUGAUGACUUAGAUGAAGAUACACCCCCAAUAGUGUCACAAUUUCCUGGGACCAUGGCUAAACCCCCUGGAUCCUUAGCCAGAAGCAGCAGCUUGUGCCGCUCUCGCCGCAGCAUCGUGCCGUCCUCCCCGCAGUCUCAGCGAGCUCAGCUUCCGGCCCAGGCUCCUCACCCGGCGCACCCUCGGCAUCCUCACCACCCCCAGCACACGCAGCACUCGUUACCUUCCCCUGACCCGGAUAUCCUGUCCGUGUCAAGCUGCCCUGCACUUUAUCGAAAUGAAGAGGAGGAGGAGGCCAUUUACUUCUCUGCUGAGAAGCAAUGGGAAGUGCCAGACACAGCUUCAGAAUGUGACUCCUUAAAUUCUUCCAUCGGAAGGAAACAGUCUCCUCCUUCAAGCCUUGAGAUAUACCAAACAUUGUCUCCUCGGAAGAUAUCGAGAGAUGAGCUAUCGCUGGAGGAUUCCUCCAGAGGGGAUUCGCCCAUAACUGCAGAUGUCUCUCGGGGCUCUCCUGAUUGUGCAGGUCUGACAGAAACGAAGAGUAUGAUCUUCAGCCCUGCAAGCAAAGUGUACAAUGGCAUCUUGGAGAAAUCCUGUAGUAUGAACCAGCUUUCCAGUGGCAUCCCGGUGCCUAAGCCUCGCCACCCUUCAUGUUCCUCAGCUGGCAAUGACAGUAAACCAGUGCACGAAGCCCCAAAUGUUGCCAGGAUAAGCAGCAUCCCACAUGACCUUUGCCAUAAUGGAGAGAAAAGCAAAAAGCCAUCCAAAAUCAAAAGCCUUUUUAAGAAGAAAUCUAAGUGAACUGGCAGACUCGAUGGGAUCCCAUUCAAGUGGCAUCUGUAAACUUUUGUCUCCUGCCCUCCGCUCCAUUUUUUUGUUCGUUUUAAUUUUAGGAAGGUAACUCCAUUGGGGCUUUCCAGACUGCGUGCCAUCGUGGAGUGUCCUUAAGGACAGCUGUCUACUGUCUGCUUAUUUAAAUGACUAUAAAAUCAAUCCGUGAAGUCAGUUAUUACUGAAAAAUCAUUAAGAGAUGAGACAGUUUACAGUCAUUUCUGCCUAUUUAUUUCUGCUUUGUUAUUGGUGAUGUCUAUACAACAUUUGUUGAAAGCCACUGUGGACUUAGAGGCUUUAAUGGACUAGCAAGCCAGCGUGGGCUUGCAAAGACUUCUCGUUUACCAGAGCGUCGUCUUAUCUUUCCACAGAGCUAUUUACAUCCUGGACUAAAUAAAUUAAAAGAAGUGAAACUAAUUGCACUACUGUUUUCCAGACUGGAAAAGAAAAUAUCUGCAAGUGGGACUGUGUAGAGUUUAUAAAAUGACUAUGGAUAGGGGACUGUUUUCACUUUUAGAUCAAAAUGAAUUUUUAAGUAGAACCUAGGGUUUCUAAUUGACUUGAUUUCUGGAAAUGAAAACCCACGCUUUUAUUAUGGGAAGCUUCUUUAAAUGCAUUUAAUAUUGUAAAGUUUCAAGUCCUGCUGUAAAGAUCAUGUUGUUUUGUUUUCCCCAGGGCUUUCACUGUGAUUUACUGCAUUGCAGCCUGUAUGAUAGAAUAUAAAUAAUUUAAAGAGAGGGGGCUCUCAAUUCCUUAUGCAAGUGGAAGAGUGAAACUUGAUUGAAGGACUUAAAACAUUCACAACCUUAAACUGAGAUGGGGUGAUGUGGGGACUCAGGCACAUGUUUACAGACUUUGAAUAACUGCAACAGAUUUAUGGUUUGUGAAAAUUUGUACUGUGGAAAAGAUAAUAAAUUGGAGACAUCAUUGUG